ACGGCACCACCUUCAAAAGCGGCGGCUCCACCUCAUCCUUCACCUACCCCUCGCAGCCCCCAAGAAAGAAGAAGAGAGAAGAGCGACAGCGAAUAAUCCGGUACGAAGAGAUGGCGUCUUCUAUGGUGAGCACGGUGGGAGCUCGCUUCUCGUACGCCCCUACCGCGGAAGGGCUAAAAACAGAGGCGGAUGCAGGCGGUCUCUCUUCCGCGCCGCGCCGUCGCGGUCAGGGCUGAGGGGGGCGUCAACCCGGAGAUCCGAAAGGCGGAGGAGAAGGUCGUGGACUCCGUCGUCGUCGCUGAGCUCUCCAAACCCGUCACCGCCUACUGCCGGUGUUGGAGGUCGGGGACGUUCCCGCUGUGCGACGGGAGCCAUAUGAAGCACAACAAGGCUACGGGUGACAACGUGGGGCCUUUGCUGCUCAAGAAGUGAAGUGAAAUUUGGACUCCAAUUCCACCUCUUAUUUUCUUUAAUAAUUUGUUCCUGUUAUGAGUUCUUGGAUAUUGCUCGUCUCCUGAUGAAUGGAGCCCAUAUAAUUAAUUAUAUGUACGCAUGAUCUCGGUAUGUUGGAAAUGAUCCUUUGAGAAGAGCGCAACUUCCACUCUCAGGUUGAUCAUGUUUUCAUUUUAUUACUUGAUGGGUGUUCUUUGCCU